AUGUCAGGCGCUUGGCAGCCUAUGGUGGUGGAUGCAAAGCUCGCCGCGCCGCGCGGGAUGGUCGCCAGCGCUGGCGCGAUGAAGCGCGACAGCGGUAGUGACAGUGACGGCGGUGGUGGUGGCGACAAAGGGCCAGCGAUGGAUGUGGGUGGCGAUGUGAUGAGCCUGGCAGAGGAGGAGGGGCGCGGCCUGGGGUGGUACCCUGGGGCUGAUGGCGAGGAUGGGGACGGAGCCGCUGUGGCCAGCGUGUCAACCGCUAUUGGCAGCGGCAACAAGGGGUACCAGCUGCUGCAGAAGAUGGGGUGGGCGGCGGGCAAGGGGCUCGGCAGGAACGAGGAUGGGAUCCUGGAGCCUGUUGCAUCCGGCGUUGAGGCGGGCGUGCGGCUGGGCUUGGGCAAGCAGGCCCAGGACGACCACUUCACCAACCCCGAGCUCAUCAGCCGCCGCCUGCUGGAGUCUGAGAUACAGGCCAACGAGGGCGAGGACCGGCGGCAGCGGAGAGAGUAUGUGCUGCUGCUGCUGCUGCUGCUGCUGCUGCUGCUGCUGCUGCUGCUGCUGCUGCUGCUGCUGCUGCUGCUGCUGCUGGUGGUGGUGGUGGUAAUGGUGGUGGUGGUGCUGGUGGUGGUGGUGGUGUUGCAAGUUGAGCGGGAUGAGCGGAUAAAGGCUGACGUGAGCGAGAUACUGCGGACCUUCUACUGCCAGACGUGCUCCAAGCAGUAUUCCAAUGCGAUGGAGCUGGAGCAGCACCUCAGUAGCUACGACCACCACCACAAGAAGCGGCUGGCCGAAUCGCGUGCGCUUAUGGCUGAGCGCACGCGUGACGAGCGGCAGCGCAAGGAGCAGCGGCGGCAGGAGAAGGAGGCGGCCAAGCUGCACCAGCAGUGA